CCUUCCUGCUUCCUCCAGCCUGAGCGCUCCACGCAGCCCUUGGCUGGUGACCUCACCAGGGGUCAGGAGGUGGUCACGUCUUUGGGGGCUGCCUUUCAGCCCAGCCAGCCUACGGGGUCUGGAGCUCUGUCCCCGGCUGCUGUUCCAGGGCCUGGAAUCUCCUCCUACACUUCUAACCCUGCGCAGGCUGGUGAGAGUCUGCAGGGCUGCUUGGAGGAGGCGCUGGUGCUGAUCCCAGAGGCCCAGCAUCGGAGAACACCCACGUUCCUGGGGGCCACGGCUGGCAUGAGGUUGCUCAGCCAGAAGAACAGCUCUCAGGCCAGGGACAUCUUUGCAGCCGUCACCCAGGUCCUGGGCCGAUCUCCCGUGGACUUUUGGGGUGCUGAGCUCCUGGCCGGGCAGGACGAAGGUGCCUUCGGUUGGAUCACUGUCAACUACGGCUUGGAGACACUUGUCAAGUACUCCUUCACUGGAGAAUGGAUCCGGCCUCCGGAGGAGACGCUGGUGGGCGCCCUGGACAUGGGGGGGGCCUCCACCCAGAUCACGUUCGUGCCUGGGGGCCCCAUCUUGGACAAGAGCACCCAGGCCGAUUUUCGUCUCUACGGCUCCGACUACAGCGUCUACACUCACAGCUACCUCUGCUUUGGACGGGACCAGAUUCUGAGCAGGCUCCUUGUGGGGCUGGUGCAGAGCCGCCCGGCUGCCCUGCUCCGUCACCCGUGCUACCUCAGCGGCUAUCAGACCACACUGGCCCUGGCCCCGCUGUAUGAGUCACCCUGUGUCCACACCACACCCCCGCUGAGCCUCUCCCAGAACCUCACAGUUGAAGGGACAGGCAACCCUGGGGCCUGCGUCUCAGCCAUCCGGGAACUUUUCAACUUCUCCAGCUGCCAGGGCCAGGAGGACUGUGCCUUUGAUGGGGUCUACCAGCCCCCGCUGCGGGGCCAGUUCUACGCCUUCUCCAACUUCUACUACACCUUCCACUUCCUGAACCUCACCUCCGGGCAGCCCCUGAGCACGGUCAACGCCACCAUCUGGGAGUUCUGCCAGAGGCCCUGGAAACUGGUGGAGGCCAGCUACCCUGGGCAGGACCGCUGGCUGCGGGACUACUGUGCCUCAGGCCUGUACAUCCUCACCCUCCUGCACGAGGGCUACGGGUUCAGCGAGGAGACCUGGCCCAGCCUCGAGUUCCGAAAGCAGGCGGGCGGUGUGGACAUUGGCUGGACACUGGGCUACAUGCUGAACCUGACCGGGAUGAUCCCGGCCGACGCGCCGGCUCAGUGGUGGGCAGUGAACCAUGGCGUCUGGGUGGCCAAAGUGGUGUUCAUGGUGCUGGCCCUGGUGGCGGUGCUGGGGGCUGCCUCGGUCCAGCUCUUCUGGUUGCAGGACUAGUGGGAAGGCAGAGGUGGGUCCCCACAGAGCCCACAGGCAGCUGUGUCCCGGAUGCCGGAGGCUUCCUGAGCCCUGAGCACCAUGGGGCCUUGCUCUGUGGCUCUGUCUGUGGUCAGGUGACAGCCACCUCCAGGGCACCGUCAGGGUGGUGCUGGCCACAGAGGCUGCGUGGCCGCCCCUCCUGGCGUCCCCGCCCCCCUACCGCAACUGGGCUUCCAGGGCCCUGGGUGCCUUUCUGUACACAGGCCACCAGGACUCAUGGUGUCUCCAGGCUGUGUGACUGCAGGGCCACAUGCUGCCUGCAAGCGGGGCAAGACCACGGAGGCACAGGGGUCCUGCUCCUGACGGGGCCUCAGGAGGGGCGGAGAGGGGCGGAGGGGAGGGAGCUGCCCCGCCCGGACCCCCACUCUCCCUGCUGUUGUCUGAGCAGACGGAUGGAGUCCAGGCCCGGGGGCUUCUCCUGGGCCAGCCCGGCCUCCCACACCCGCUUGGAGGGUUAGACUGCAGUGGGGGUUGUUUUUAUUAAAAGCAUUGUGGACACAGCA